AUCGCGACUGGAAAACGAGAGAGAUUCGUUUCGAUCGUUUAUGACAUUGAAAUAAAAGCGACGAAUAAUCGUCGCCGUCGCGUUUGAAACGGAACAGUCCGAUGAAAACCGAACGAAAGAGUCGCGUCGUUCCAUUGGAUGCAGUUCACCCUCGGUUCGAUUUCGAGGAUGCAGAUGGGAUCGAAAGAAGAAUAGGGUCCGGUAAGAGAGUUCGAUUCUUCGGUGAGUUAUCCGGCCUCGAAAGUUAUUAAGAUCGACGUCUUGCCGCUACGCGUAUCGAAUUCUUAUUCGGUUAUUUGGAUUUAUAGCGAUCUUCGGCGUUACUUUAUUUUCGGUUCUAUUCAAUUUUUCAGUCACUCUCAUUCUCAAUGGAUAUUUCUGCGAGUUAGCGCGCUCGAUGGAGGGAAUAUGAUCGAAGUCUCACGAAAGAGGCCAAAGGAAGUAUAUAGCUGUGAAUUAAUGCAGCGGUGCUACCAAUUGAUGCAACGACGCUCAGGGCCGCAGCAGUAUUUUACCAUUUUCUUUAUACACGUCGGACUCACGAGUAUCCGAGAACCUAAACUUUCCAACAUACAGCUUUAUAUCGUAUUAAUUAUUUAUCGAUUAUCCUUUUAACACUAAGGAGGCGAUAACACGUGCAAUAACUAUUGCACAUCUUACAAGUAGGUUAACGCGUAAAAUCCUUAAGGACUUACCACUACGUUACUUUAGCUUAUCGAAGAAUUAUAUAUCGACUUGAGCGUAAAAGUAGUACGGAGCACUUACCGGCAACCAGGUGCUAUUCCGAGUUAAGCGUCGCUCGUCCAAAUUUAUAAAAGGACGAGGUGGCCACCGUUUGGUACUUUAGAUCAAACUUUAGUUCCUACGUUUUCGAUUUUGGCGAAUAGCGAGAUGCCGAUAGCUGGUCUAUGCCGUCCAACCGACUCGCGAUCUACCAUUCGCCUUUACGUUUCCUUUAAAAUCGUUCCUGUAUCCUAUUUCCUGAUUUAUAGUGGACGUUGCCGAGAUUUUCUUUCUUCUACAGCGUAGCUGCGAGCAUGAAAUCCUACGGUGCCAGAAUUGCCAGAUACGGAACCCGAUCUAUUAGCGGUGGCAAUUUCAGGAAUGAAAAGCAUCGCGUCUCGCCGAAGCACCGACAUGAGGUUUUAGCGAAUGCACGAAUAAAAAGAGCGGAGAGAUAAGAAGACGGAAAUAAAAUGAACAAAAGGACAGGUGAAAGCAGGAAGAAGAAGGCCUGUUCGAACGAAAACGUACAUCACAGAAAUCUGGGAGUGGCAACUUCGAGUUGGCUAGAAAUUUAGCUACGAUCGGCGAUGCGAAAAUGAGGCACGAUAUACACGGCCGAUAAUCCAUACCCGAGCCCCGACCUUAUUCAACGAACGAAGAACGUUGCAUCGAAAUCGGCACGUUCCAAAGUCUAUCGACGCCGCUGUUUGCUUAAUUCGAGACUUCGCUACAUCUCUUUCAUCGGCGCUAUCACUAAGAAAAGAACCGAGAGAAAUUCGCAUUAAACGUGAAACAUGAAUUCCAAUGUUUUUCUGGCUAUUAAUAUCCAUCGCGGAGCUGAGGCCGAUGGGUCUUUGGACUCAUCUAUCAAGUCCGCCAAGCAAAAACAUAUAGAUUCGUUUAAAAAGACAGAAAGGUGACCCCGUAACGAGGGAAUACCUGAACCCACGAAGGAAUCGUUAUCGACAGGCAGAAAUCGUUAUCUCUCACUCGCAAAAGACCCCGUAUUUCAUCGAAUAAAGCCGAACCUUAUACAGGCUAUCGUCUAUAUAAAACUAUGAUCUACUCUUGCCGAAGAGUCUGUAGCUCUCUCCCUCUCGAUAUUCCUCGUUAUAUUUCUCGCGAUACAUCAAAGGACCCAUUGAACAAUCUCGCCAAAUCACCCUUUCAAUGUUCCCGUGCACACGACAAUUUCCACCAAUUUCCAUCGAUCAAUUACCCACGGAUUCUAUCUACGAUACCACGACUAUACGGAGAUGAUACGCGCGAGAGGACGCGCCGUACCGCGCCGCCGAAACACGCACAGCACGCGCGAAACGCAGCCACGAAGGCGGCGUCUCGGCGCAGACGCCGCAGUAGAUUCGCGUACUCGAGCGUCGUUCCCUUGAACCGUCUAGGAACAUCGACACUCGUGCGGCGACCGCGACCGCGACCGCGACCGCGACCGCGAUCGCCACCGUCACGAUUUUACGCACCUUUGCGAUUUUUUUACGCGCGGUUCCACUAUCGAUCGUUGCGUCGAUCCCUCUCGUCGUCGUCGUAGUUCGGGUCCCUGCUUGUCUACGAUGAUCGAUCGCGCGCGACCUUCUCGCCAAGCAACCACGCUCGAUCGUCAGCGCGCGAUUUUCUACGCUGCCACGAAGAAUCAGCCGCAAAAGUCGUCUUGUGCUCGCCAUCGCUGACAUCGUUCUUCUGGUUGCUCGUUUCGUUCGAGUCAGCCUCGACAGCUGUCUCGGAUGCCUCUUUGCUACGGAAAAAAAAGUUCUUCCGCAGGAAGAUGUCGGUGAAUCUGUUUCUCACGAUUAAGACGUCGUAAACGAAUCAGCCAUCAUCCACACGAGCCAUCGACCGUCAUCACGGAACAGCCGUCGCGCUUCCGUCGCUUGUUAUUCGGUGAAUUAACGGCAGGUCACCGUUGAUUAAUCCACGAAUCGGCGCGGCAGUAAUUAACGCCACGGCCUUUAUCGCUUGGAUCGGUCGAUCGAUCGCCCAAGAUCUACGCGAUUUCUCGACAAAUCCCGUCGAGACCACCAACCAGAAAUUGCGAAAUCUUGAACGGAAAGUCCUAAGUGGAGGCAGUUAGCGAUAAAAGGGUCGAAAGACGUAUAUACGUAUUAGAAGGGACGAGGACGAAACGGUGACAGACGAAUCAAAGCGGAGGCAGUGGAAGGGCGCGAAAGCGAGGGAAGUAGGGUUCGAAAAUCGAGCAAGAAGUUUCGCAAAGUGUCUAAACUCGGCGAAAUUGGACGUAAAGCGACGACGAACCGGGAGAGACAGCGGUGACGUAUUCCAGCGACGCGGCAGUAUCCGACGAACUCGAGGAGAAGAGGAGAGCGGGAAGGAACAAAAGGCGAACGUCGAAAAGCGACGAUAUCGAAUCGAAGGAAAAGCGCAACGAUAGUGAAAAAAAAGUAAACAGCCCUGUGCGGGGGAGUGAACGCCGUGAAAGCCGAGUGGAAGAAACAAGGUGACGAGUUAAGAGCAACGAAAGAAUCUCGACGGAGAGAAACGACCUUCGGGCUAGAGAUCUAAUAACAGGGAGACAGUAGGCUGGAGGGAAUACGAAGAAAAGGAAACAAGAUUAAGUGGUUGGGGCAACGAAACGACGACAAGGGGGCGGCGGCAGAGGCGGAGGAGCGAAUAAAGACAAGAAAUCGACGGUGGAAAAAAGAAGACGUUCGAUCAAAUGAAUAACCGAGCCGUGAGUGGGUGGAAGCAUGAGAAUUCUAAGUGGAUGUCUUUUCUCGGCCCGAUCAAAGUAUCCGGCUACACGUUACACAGGCCACCGGCACUCGCGUCACGUAUCCAGAUCCACUGAGGGGCAAAAAUGGGUGCCAACCAGUCGACACGGAACGAGCCUACUCCUGGCGAAGAAGUGAACUUCGAUCACUUUCAGAUCCUACGAGCCAUCGGGAAAGGAAGCUUCGGAAAGGUGUGCAUAGUGCAGAAACGAGAUCGUACUGGAAACAUGUACGCGAUGAAGUACGUGCACAAGGGUGAGUGCGCGAUGCGGGGUGCGUUGAAGAAUGUCGCGCGAGAAGUGGAGAUCCUCUCGCAGCUGGAACACCCCUGUUUGGUGAACCUGUGGUUCAGCUUUCAAGACGAGGAAGACUUGUUCAUGGUCUCGGAUUUACUGCUUGGCGGCGAUCUCAGGUAUCACAUCCAGCAAGAGGUGGUCUUCUCCGAGCAAAGCAUAGUGCUUUUCGUUGCCGAGAUCGCUCUGGCCCUCGAUUAUUUGCAGAGUCACAAAAUCGUACAUCGCGACAUAAAACCCGAUAACAUUCUGUUGGACGAAGAAGGACACGCGCACGUGACGGACUUCAACAUCGCAACGGUAUUGGAGGAUGGAGAAUUGGCUACGUCGAUGUCGGGAACAAAACCGUAUAUAGCUCCGGAAAUUUACAUGUGUUCCUGCGAGGAAUACGGCGUUCUUGGCUACGGUUUUGCCGUAGACUGGUGGAGCUUGGGAAUUCUCGCUUGGGAAACUCUGGCAGGAGAACGUCCUUACCCACUCUGCUCCACUACGACGCACAGAGAGGCUUUGCAAAUCCUGCAGAAAGAAAGACCGACACCCGUUGACUGGAGCUCGGCGAUCUGCGAGCUUAUGAACAGACUGUUAGUCGUGGCACCAGGCGCGCGAGUAUCGACGCUCAAGGAGCUGAAGCAAGUGAACGCGAUGAGGGAACUCGACUUCGACAAAGUGUUGAACAAGCAGAUCAAACCGUCGUUCACGCCGCCGAAAGAUCACCUGAACUGCGAUCCGACGUUCGAACUGGAGGAGAUGAUCAUCGAGACGAAGCCGUUGCACAAGAAGAAGAAGCGUCUGGCGAAACAAAGAUCCCUGAAAGUCGAUCAUCUCCCCGAGGACACGGCGAUCGGGCUCGCGGAAGGCGCCGGACCGAGCGUCGAUUUCAGACGAUUGGCAUUCAUCCCAGAGUACCGAGUGUAUAAUCGGGAACGCGAGAUGGAGAGGCAGGAGAGGGAAAGGAAGGAGAAACAGUGGGAGGAAGAUUUGAACACUGCCAUGAAGGGUGCCGAAGAGAGACUGAAGACGAAACAACAGCCGGUAUAUCGAACCGGAAACCGACUGAGCGUCUCUACAACCAGCGUUAAGACACGCAUAAACGCAUCCCCUAGGCAAGGAAGACGCGCCAGCACCGCAACAUCGUCGGAUAUCGACUACAUCGAUGCGAGUCCUGAACAUUCCACGUCGUAAAUUUCUCCUGAACAAUCUGUUGCGCAGGAAAAAUAAACGCCGACGCGUAUUCUCGGGAAGAACAUUCUGAAACAAAGUGAUCGCCGUUGGAAAUCACAUUCGGUACCCGAUUUCUAGCGUAUCGAAGAAUUUGAAAAGUUCUCGAUCAUGGUAAAUCGAUCUAGUCGCCCGAACGAUGGAUUUCUUCGGUUUGAUGACCGGUUAGAAAGUAACGUGAUAAUCGAUAAGAGUAAGAUGAUCGCAGAUCCAACUUUCUCUCGUCUUUUCCCUUCGUUUUAAUCUUCGUAGAAGAAAUGAUAUACUCGAAGUUUAUGAAAAAAAUAUAGAAAAGAAUUAGAAAAAAAUCAACGUUUCUCUACAGAUAAGAUUUCUUUAUCGGAAAAGAUUAACUCGUACCUCGAACGAUUGAUCUCACGCCUCUUCUUCGUCUCUCAUAAGGAAAAGCGUAUCGUUUAUUUUUGUAAAGAACGAAAGAAGAAACACUCCCGACCAAAAGUAAAGCCUUUCAAGGACCAUUUUGCCAAACCGAAAACUUAGCGCAAAGAUAUAACAAGUUACUGGGGACAUGGUCUUUCUUCUUCCUCGAACUCACCUUUCCUUGGAAAGGGAAAAAUUUCGAGCAAACGCACGGUCCAAGAAAUACUCGGAACAAUCUUCGUACGACUCGCACCUCGUUUUAAUCCCUAGUUUCUAGCUACGUGCUGUUUAACUUCCCCCUUAGAAAAGUUACGGAAGUUCGUGUAGUCUCGAUUCUCAUAAAUUUUAUAACGUUAAACGAAGUUAACAUUGUAAAGUCGUAGCGAUAUACAUACGAAGACUCGUAUCGUUCGAAUGCUGUAGCAAAUUACGGUUAACGUUACGAGAAUCGCGCGUUCUUUCUCGAUUCGUAUCCUUGUCCGAUGAUACAUACCUGCCACCAUUUCGCGUAUACCUCGUGUCUUGUAUAAUAACAGAUCAACGAUCGCUCCUCUGAUAAUCAACCGACGAACACCAAGAACAAUGUAAUUUUAUAAAUAGUCGUUAAGAAAGAAUCCUACGCUGUAACGUGAAAUUAAACGAUGAUCAAACGAUCGAA